CUCCGCCCCUAUAGGGGUUAGCACCGUGAUAACUAGCAAAAAAUGCUACUAAAAAUAACGAAAUCACUACAACAUCUAAGCUAAAUUACUACUAAUUCAAACUAGUAGUAGUUUUUUCCUUGGUUAGAACGGUGCUAACUAUUGUACAAUUAGCACCGUAACUCUUCCCAAAACUGAAUCAUUGGUAUAAUUGUUUUCUUGACAUCUACAAUACAAAUCAUUAAUUUUUUUUAUUAUCAAUUAUCGAUUACUCGCUGCGAGGUGUUGAUCCCUGUUACUGAGAGUGAGAGUGAACUUUCAGGUGUUCAGAAAAACGUUUCUGAUCGAAUUUACACGGUAAACUUCAGUUUUCUUUUGUGUAAGGAGGGAGAGGGACAACGUGGCAAUUUGGCAGGAAACUGGCCGGAAAGUUUGAAUGUGAAACCAAAAAUGGGGGCUGGGAGGAAACUGUUCAACGUUUCACACGGAAAGAAACCCACUCAGUUGCUUUGCUAAUUGGUUCCCACCUACCGGAUAAUCCAGUCUCCCAGUGAGACGACCGCACCACCUUCUCUUUUUCCCUGCAAAUCUCCCGUCCCCAUGCAUUUAUGCCUCCCCACAUUCUCACAACCACCACAUCUUCUUCUUCUUCUUCUUCUUCUUCCCCACUCCCUUUCUCUCUCUCUCUUUCACUCCUCUUCUCCACUGCAUUCCAUGGCCAACCCAACUGGGUAAAAACGUAAAAUUAAGUUACCCACAAAAUUUUCAUCUCAAUUAUGGCGCUUGAGUUGAAUUCUCCCGCCUCUUCUUGCUUGUUGAUGCUGCUCUGCUUCUGGGUUUUCACUGGAAGUCUCGUUUCCUGUUUGAGCUACGAUGGGUUGGCUCUUUUAUCGCUGUUUAACAGGUGGGAAGCCUCUUCCGUUCCUCGACCCGUUGUUUCCACAUGGAACGCUUCGGACCAAACUCCAUGUUCGUGGGUCGGCGUCGAAUGCCACAAUUUCACUCGCCGUGUGGUCUACCUCAACCUCACCGGCUACUCGAUUUCCGGCGAGUUGGGCCCGGAAAUUGGAGGGCUUUCUCGGCUGGCCACUCUUGAUUUGAGCUACAACAACUUCUCCGGCGAAAUCCCCUGGCUCCUGGGAAACUGUGCCGGCCUCGAGUACCUCGAUUUGUCGAACAAUGGGUUUACCGGCAGAAUCCCUGGAAGCUUUCGUAACUUGAGGAGGGUGAAAACCUUGAGCUUGUUCACCAACUCGCUGAGUGGUGAAAUUCCCGAGUCCUUGUUCCAGAAUACGCCUCUGCUGCAAUAUGGGUAUCUGCACGAGAAUGCGUUCAAUGGUUCGGUUCCGGGGAGUGUUGGUGAGUUGAAUGAGAUUGUUGAGCUUUGGUUGUAUGGCAAUUCGUUUACUGGUUCGAUUCCUGAUUCUAUUGGGAAUUGCAGAAAAUUGCAGACUCUUUACUUGCAAGAUAACCAGUUAACUGGUUCCUUGCCUGGGAGCUUAGGUAGUCUUAGAGAACUUGUCAACUUUUAUGUUUCUCAUAAUAGUUUAGAGGGUAGAAUUCCUUCAGGGUUUGGAAAUUUGAAGAGUCUGAGCUUUUUGGACUUAUCUUACAAUCCGUUUAGUGGUGGGAUCCCAGAGGAUUUAGGUAACUGUAGCAGCUUGAACACCCUGGCUAUUGUUCAUAGUAAUUUGACAGGCAACAUUCCUUCUUCACUGGGUCUUCUGCAGAAUCUCUCCUCUCUUGAUCUUUCUGAAAAUCAGCUGUAUGGAAAGAUUCCUCGUGAGCUGGGGAACUGCAAGUCAUUGACAAGCUUGAAGCUUUACUCAAACAAGCUUGAGGGAGGGAUACCGGGUGAGAUUGGCUUGCUUCCUCAGUUGAGUGACCUUGAACUGUUCAACAACAAUCUGAGUGGUGAGAUUCCCAUCACCAUUUGGAAAAAUCCGAGCCUUGAGUUCCUUCUAGUGUAUCAGAACCGUCUUUAUGGUGAACUACCUGUUGAGAUGACUGAGCUCAAGCAACUGAAGAACUUGUCUUUGUAUGAGAAUCAGUUCUCUGGUGUGAUACCACAGAGUUUGGGGAUCAACAGUAGCUUGUUGCAGCUGGACUUUACAAGUAAUCAGUUCACUGGUGAAAUUCCGCCGAAUCUUUGCUUUGGAAAGCAGCUCAGAGCUCUCAACAUGGGUAAGAAUCAGCUCAAGGGCAGUGUCCCUUCAGAUGUUGGGCAGUGCUCAACUUUGUGGAGAAUGAUCCUUAGUGAGAACCAUCUCUCGGGUCCUCUUCCGGAAUUUGCAGAAAACUCGAGCCUUUCACAUGUGGAUAUCAGCAGAAAUGACAUCAAUGGGUCUCUUCCUUGGAGUCUAAGGCACUGUGGCAACCUAACAUUUCUCAAUCUUUCCAUGAACAAGCUCACAGGAUCCAUCCCCAGGGAGAUUGGAGAUCUCGUUAAGCUUGACACUCUGGAUCUUUCACACAACCAGUUGGAAGGUUCAUUACCAUCUGAGCUAUCAAAUUGUUACCAGUUGGAGAAGCUUGAUGUAGGCUUCAACUCACUAACUGGUUCUAUUCCAACUGGUUUCAGAAACUGGACAAAACUAGCAACAUUGGUACUGAGUGAGAACCGUUUCACCGGAGGGAUUCCAUCAUUCUUAUCAAGCCUUGGGGAGCUUGAAGAGUUGGACCUUGGUGGAAAUUCCUUAGGAGGAGAGAUUCCUUCCUCCCUUGGAUCUCUGCAGAGUCUUCGGUAUGGACUGAAUCUCAGCAGCAACGGGUUAACUGGUUUGAUUCCUUUGUCAUUAGGAAAGCUGAACAUGCUGGAACAGCUGGACAUAGCAAACAACAAGCUAACAGGUUCUUUAGAACCUUUGGAAAACAUCCGAACUCUCCUCCUCAUCAAUGUCUCAUACAAUCUACUCACAGGUCCAAUACCCGAGACUUUAUCUCGUUUCCUCAUCUCAUCUCCAUCUGCAUUCUUGGGCAACCCGAGUCUAUGCAUCGAUUGCCAUCGAAACCAGACUGACGGUGUUUGCACUUCGAACACUGGUAUCAAGCCAUGUCAAAGCAAGAAGAGAGGGCAUAGCAUAUUGGAAGUUGCAGCCAUAUCACUUGCCACAAUAAUUGUUGUUCUUUCGCUUCUAGGACUGUGCUGUUUGUUCAUUGUGUGGAGACCCAAGAGGUGCCAUGAGAUUGUUGCUGCCGGGCUGGAGGGCCCACCGUCGCUUCUCAACAAGGUGAUGGAAGCUACUGAGGAUCUGAAUGAGAAGCACGUUAUAGGAAGGGGAGGUCAUGGAACUGUGUACAAAGUUCCAAUGGAAGAUGGCGAGAUCUUUGCUGUGAAGAAAGUGAACUUUGCAGGCCAAAGAGGCGGGAGCAGGAGCAUGAUGAGAGAGAUCAAGACGAUUGGGAAGAUUCGGCAUAGGAAUCUCAUCAAGCUAGAAGAUUUCUGGUUGAGGAAGGAAUAUGGGCUGCUUCUCUACUGUUAUAUGGAGAAUGGAAGCCUCUAUGAUGUUCUUCAUGGCAACUUUGAAGAAACUAUAGAAUGGGAUGUGAGGUUUAGGAUAGCUCUUGGAACUGCUCAUGCUUUGGAGUAUCUGCACUAUGACUGCAACCCUCCGAUAGUACACUGUGAUAUCAAGCCACAGAAUAUUCUGCUGGAUUCUGACAUGGAGCCUCACAUCUCUGAUUUCGGCAUCGCGAAGCUCCUCGAUCAGUCUUCUGGCAGCUCAACUCAGUCGAUGAUGGUUGAUGGAACCGUUGGAUACAUAGCUCCAGAGAUGGCAUUUGCAACAAGCAAGAGCAAGGCAUCAGAUGUUUACAGCUACGGGGUCGUGCUGCUCGAGCUGAUCACAGGGAAGAAGGCAGUCGACCGGUCAUUUCCAGAAGGAAUCGACAUAGUGACGUGGGUUCGAUCCACUUGGGAUGCCGACCCUGAUCAAGACGUGAAGUCCAUAGCUGAUCCCAGGCUUGCUGAUGCAGAUCAAGAACUGUUCCUCGAUUCAAGCGCAAUGGAACGAAUUGAGAGAGUGAUCAUGGUCGCCUUGAGAUGCACAGAGAAAGAGCCCAACAAGAGACCCACAAUGAGAGAUGUCGUGAAGGAACUGUUAGGUCCUAACGUUCCCUUAACAAAGCCAAUGCAGGUAGCUGCUGACAUAGCCUGCUCCAGUGAUUUCACUAAACAGUGAGAUUAGUUAGUGGCAUAGUUUGUAGCUUCUUUGAUGAAUGAUUAGGAGAAAAGCUGAUUAUAUGGUUCUCAGUAAUUACUGAUUACUUACCAUUUGACAGACAAUGAUUACUCCCAAACCCUUGUAUUCUGCAACUGAUUCUUUUCAGGGUGGCCUGAUUACCGAAAGAGGCAAAAUUAAUAGCUUGAUCAAUCAGUUUAAGUACACAGUUAGUGUUUCAAUUUUUCAUACUGGUCGUAAUCAAUCAUCCUUUCAUACCGCACAGUUACUUGGCUUCUUCAUUCUCAAGAUGAAUGAACUUAUUUACCUUAGUAGGACGCUAGAACGCAACAGGCCAUGAUAAGUAUCACGCAUUUUCUCCGAAUCCAAAACACGAUUCUCUGAAUAUUCAUUAUGGUGGGAAUCCCUCUCAAGAUAAAUUUAUAAUAGCAUUCAAAAAUCGAUGAAAACAUUGGCUAUUAAGGGUUAUGUGGCCUGUUUCGAAUGAUAUUCAUCACAAUUUUAGACUAUUAUUACAAAAGCUAUAUUUUGUGAUAUAUAAAAUAACCUUCAAAAUUGGUUAACAAGAAUAUUAGCAAAAACUUUGGAAUCUGCCAAAAAUUGACCCGGAAUAAAUCCGCCCAAAUCGGUGCUUAAUGGACUCAAUCAUCUUUGGAGAAUAGACUGAGGCCGAAUCUGUGAUUUGUAGCCUUCAAUAUCUAAAGAAAAUGACCUUCCGUCGCCCAAAAAAUUACGAAAAUGUCAUCCGAAAAUAAAUUGACCCAAAUCGGUGCUUAAUGGACUUAUCUUCCGUGGAGAAUAGGAUCAAUAGACUCCAUUAUCGGUGGAGAAUAGCCUCGACCUGAUUCCGUGAUCUGUAGCUUUAAGAAUCGAAAGAAAAUGACAUUUCAGAUAAAUCGCCCAAAAUUUGUGAUGGUACCCCUUUGAAAUCUGGCAAAAAUUGACCCGGAAUAAAUACGCCCAAACCAGUGCUUAAUGGACUCAAUCAUCGUUGGAGAAUAGCCUCAGGCCGAAUCCGUGAUCUGUAGCCUUCAAUAUCCAAAGAAAAUGGCCUUUCGUCGCCCAAAAAAUUACCAAAAUGCCAUCCGAAAAUAAAUUGGCCCAAAUCGGUGCUUAAUGGACUUAUCAUCUGUGGAGAAUAGGAUCAAUAGACUUCACUAUCGGUGGAGAAUAGCCUCGGCCUGAUUCCGUGAUCUGUAGCCUCCAGAAUAGAAAGAAAAUGACAUUUUAGAAAAAUCGCCCGAAAUCUGUGAUGGUACCCCUUUGGAAUCUGUAAAAAUUGACCCGGAAUAAAUCCAGCCAAAUCGGUGCUUAAUGGACUCAAUCAUCGUUGGAGAAUAGCCUCAGGCCUAAUCAGUGAUAUGUAUCCUUCAAUAUAUAAAGAAAAUGGCCUUUCGUGGCCCAAAAAAUUACGAAAAUGCCAUCCAAAAAUAAAUUGCCCAAAACGGUGCUUAAUGGACUUAUCAUCCGUGGAGAAUAGGAUCAAUAGACUUCAUUAUCGGUGCAGAAUAGCCUCGGCCUGAUUCUGUGAUCUGUAGCCUCCAGAAUAGAAAGAAAAUGACAUUUCGGAUAAAUCGCACGAAAUCUCUAAUGGUAUCCCUAUGGAAUUUGCAAAAAAUUGACCCUGAACAAAUCCACCCAAAUCGGUGUUUAAUGGACUCAAUCAUCGUUGGAGAAUAGCUUCAGGCCGAAUCCGUGAUCUGUAGCCUUCAAUAUCCAAAGAAAAUGGCCUUUCGUAGCCCAAAAAUUAAGAAAAUGCCAUCCGAAAAUAAAUUGGCCAGAAUCGGUGCUUAAUGGCCUUAUCAUCCGUGGAGAAUAUGAUCAAUAGACUUCAUUAUCUGUGGAGAAUAGUCUUGGUCAGAUUCUGUGAUCUGUAGCCUCCAGAAUCGAAAGAAAAUGGCAUUUCGGAU